AUGGCGCCCCUCAAGCAGAUGCUGCUGGCUCUUGCCUGCGUAGCAUCUUCAGUCGCAUUCGACAUCACCGUUGCCUCGUCGGGAGGUAACGCUACCAGCGGCCACCAGUAUGGCUUCCUCCACGAGGAUAUCAACAACUCUGGCGACGGCGGCAUCUACGCCGAGCUCAUCCGCAACAGAGCCUUCCAGUUCAGCGACCGCUACCCCGUCAACCUUGACGGCUGGCACGCGUUCAACGGCGCCAGCCUCCAGCUGAGCAACCUGAGCGAGCCCCUCUCCGACGUCCUCCCAGUCUCGGUGCACGUGGCGGCCGGCAACUCGUCUGGUGUCGUCGGUCUCUCCAACGACGGCUACUGGGGCAUCGAUGUCAAGAAGCAAAAGUACACGGGCUCGUUCUGGGUCCGCGGCUCCUACGAGGGUACAUUCACCGCCUCGCUGCGGUCUGACCUCAACGACGACGUCUUUGGCUCGGUGGAUGUGGCAUCCAAGGCCGUUGCUGACGACUGGAUCGAGCACGAGUUUGAGCUCAUCCCGACCAUGGAUGCGCCGAACAGCAACAACACCUUUACCCUCACCUUUGAUCCAGAGGGCGCUGCAGACGGCUCGCUCGACUUUAACCUAAUCAGCUUGUUCCCGCCCACGUACAAGAACCGCAAGAACGGUCUUCGUGUGGAUAUCGCCGAGUCUCUUGCUGGACUCCAUCCGUCGCUUCUUCGCUUCCCCGGAGGCAACAUGCUCGAAGGCAACACCAACAAGACCUGGUGGGACUGGAAGCAGACCCUUGGUCCUCUCCGCUACCGUCCUGGCUUCCCUGGCGUGUGGGGUUACCAGCAGACUCACGGUCUGGGUCUGCUGGAGUACCUGCAGUGGGCGGAGGACAUGGACCUCGAAGUCGUCAUUGGCGUAUGGGCUGGCCUGGCCCUCAACGGCGACAUCACGCCCAAGGACAAGCUCCAACCCUUCAUCGACGAUGCCCUUGACCAAAUCGAGUUCAUCCGCGGCCCUGCCGACUCCAAGUGGGGGGCCCGUCGUGCCGAGCUCGGCCACCCUGAACCCUUCAAGCUCGACUACGUCGAGAUCGGCAACGAGGACUGGCUCGCCGGAGGCGCCGCCGGCUGGGAGUCGUACAAGGAAUACCGCUUCCCCAUGUUCCUCGAGGCCAUCAACGAGCGCUACCCCGACAUUCAGGUCAUCGCCUCGGGCGCCAGUUCCGACGGCCACGACAUCCCGGCCCCGGCCAUCGGCGACUACCACCCGUACCGCACGCCCGACGCGCUCGUCGACGAGUUUGACCGCUUCGACAACGACGUCGGCCACAUUGUCGGCGAGGUCGCCGCCACGCACCCCAACGGCGGCACCUCGUGGGAGGGCGGCCUGCACCCCUUCCCCUGGUGGAUCGGCACCGUCGGCGAGGCCGUGUCCAUGAUCGGCUACGAGCGCAACGCCGACCGCAUCCCCGGCACCUUCUACGCGCCCGUCCUGCGCAACAUGAACCGCUGGCAGUGGGCCGUGACCCUCGUCCAGUUCGCCGCCGACGCCGCCCUCACCACGCGCUCCACGAGCUGGUACCUCUGGGAGCUCUUCGCCGCCCACCCCAUGACCCGGACGCUGCCCGCCGCCGGCGCCCUCGACCCGCUCUUCUACGUCGCCGGCCGCAACGACCGCGCCGGCAGCUUCAUCUGGAAGGCCGCCGUCUACAACACGACCGACGGCGCCGACGUGCCCGUCACGGUCGCCUUUGAGGGCGUCGACGCCGGCGCCAGGGCGCUCCUGACGGUGCUCUCGAACCCGAGCGCCGACCCGUAUGCCUACAACGAUCCCUUUACCGGCGUGAACGUUGUGGACACGCAGGUCGUUGAUCUCGUGGCGAAUGAGCAUGGCGUCUUUGCCUUUACGCUGCCCGAGUUGUCGGUUGCUGUGCUCGACACGGAUACGAAGCGCAAGUGCAAGCGGCGGUCGCAGCGGCAGUGA